AUGGAGCUUGAAAAAGAGAGGGAAGCAGAGCUGGAGUUGCAGAGGGAGAAACUAGAGAGGGAGAACAUGGAAAAGGAGAGAGACCUGCAAAUGGAGAGGGAGAGUGAACUAGAGAGAACAGAGAUGGAGGGAGGCAGAGACCUGGACAGGGAGAGAGAGGAGUGGGAGAGACGGAGGCAGGAGAUGGAAAGAGAGAGCGGAAGACAAGGAGAGUACGAGGAGGAAGGAGGAGUAAGACCCUAUCCAGGGCCAGAAUAUGACUAUUUGAAGGGCGCUCCGGGUGAAAAUGGACUUCCAGGACCAAAGGGGGAACUUGGUGAAAAGGGACACAAGGGUGAGCCAGGUAUUGGCCACAGAGGUCCUGUGGGACAGGCUGGUCCACCUGGAACUAAGGGUGAGCCUGGUGAACUGGGGCCUUCUGGUGCUCAGGGUAUCCAGGGUAUCCGUGGUAACCCCGGUAUUUCAGGUUCUCAGGGCUUGAGGGGCCAACCAGGAGACCCAGGAGAGGCGGGGAGAGGAGACAGGGGUAGAAGGGGGCGACAGUAUCCCGGGGAACCAGGGGCCAGGGGUGUGGUCGGGAUCACAGGUCGCAGGGGUGAAAAGGGCAUUGCAGGAGUCUUAGGAGCCCCAGGACACACUGGCCUCAAAGGAGAGGCAGGGGCCAAAGGAGCCAUGGGGCUGUUUGGGGUCCGUGGACCAGUGGGCCAAAAGGGAGAUACUGGUGAGCCUGGAGUCAAUGGAGAAGUGGGUCGUAACGGGGACGAUGGAUUGGACGGAGCCACAGGAGCCAAAGGAGACAUGGGACUCCAGGGACAGAAGGGAGAUCAGGGUGACAGAGGUGAACCUGGCUUACCAGGGGAUACUGGGCAGACAGGAGUGAAGGGAUUCCGAGGCCUACCUGGACGCAUAGGAAGCACUGGGCAAGAUGGAGAAAAGGGAGAGAUGGGUAUUCCUGGAACCCCAGGACAUCCAGGGCUCAAUGGACUCACAGGACGGAAGGGUGAAAAAGGGGACGGGGGUGCCACUGGUUUCCCAGGGUUCCCUGGGUUUAAGGGGUCAGCAGGGACACCAGGCAGUGAUGGAGCGGAGGGGCGACCAGGACGUAAUGGGUCCAAGGGAGAGACAGGAACCAAGUCAACAACUGUUGCAAAACAGUUGUCACAGGUCCUGCUGAAGUCACUGCAUGACUGCUUCGCAUGCAUACUGAAUGGCAGCCAACUUCAAUCCAACCCCUGCAGCAGCUUGCCUGAUGGACACAAGUGUGUCUCUGGCACUUGGCUCAACAGAGAUGGAGGGCAGAAGAAACGUUUGUACUUCAUCAAAUCAGAGAUUACAGCCGUGGACCAGCAGGACCCCAGGAAGAAUCCGGCAAGCAUCUCGACCACCGUGCUUCAGAAAUAUAGCAUCCUCGCAUCGAAGAUUGUGUCUGAGGUCACAGUCAGAGGGUCAACCUGA